GAUCGCAAUAUGAAGUUAUUAUGAAAUGGGACGAGUUGGUACUAUGAGAUCUGACUGCUAACAUCCUCCACAGGGCUAAAAAAGUCGAAUCGACUUUCUCAGUAGCGUGGCAGCUCAUAUAGCUCCGAAGCCCUUCAGGGCGAUGAAUCUCGAUUCGCUCUCCCCGGGCGACCUGACCUUAGAGCUUUAAGAGAUGGCCCCUGUCGCCCUAGGGUUUCGGCGUUGAGACUGAGUCCGAUCCCAUCACGUGACCGAUCGCGGCGGGGUUCAAAAAACAGACGAAUUCCGCCUCCGCCGCCCCAACCCAACACCGACAGCGUCAGUGUCCCAUCUCAAUUCCAUCGCUCCGUCGACGAAUCAUAUUACCGCGCGCUUCAGCAGCAAUUGGAGCACUUUUGCUUGCCAUUUCCGGAGGCUACUUCGCAUGUCGCCGGAUUUGAGCUCGUCCAUCUCGCGGACCCGAACUGCCUCAGCAACGUGACCAUGGAUCCCGCUGUGGAACCCGGGACUAAGGUUUCGGCUGCUUAUGGUCACGCCUGUGCAAACUGCGUCAAGGCGAAGUCUCGGUGCAUACCCCGCGGAGGGAGUUGCGAAAGUUCUUCCGCAAGGUGCCACCGGCUGUCCAAAGACUGCCAACCUGCCACCUUUGUACGCAAGCGAGUCGCAAAGAGGUCGGCAGCGUCAAGUCGGAAAUCCCAGUUGGAGGAGAAGUUAGAGAAUCUGGUCACGUUGUUGCAGGCCCAGAAUGCACCACAGGCAGCGGGUACGCAGGCUGCGCAGCCCCAGUACCAGACAUCGCAGCAGCCCACUUCGGACCUGGGAAGCAGGAGCCAGAAGACCUUCAGCACGACGAGCGAAGCCCGCGCUCCGCCCACGCCGGUGACCUCCGGAUCCGCUUCUCACGGUUCGCCGCUCCCAGACGAAGCCAAAUCCCAGGCGGAGCAAGACCUACUUAUCUUCCGCACUCGUUACCUCGGAUUCUUCCCUUGUGUGCAUAUCCCACCAGGAACCACCGCCGAGCAGCUCCAACGAGAGCGUCCGCUUCUCUAUAAGGCCAUCCGCGUCGCGUCCACGGGUUCCCGCGCUUGCCAAAAGAAACUCGGUCUAGAAGUGCGAGAGGAGAUAGCCCUCCGGGCGGUAGCUAAUGGUGAGCGGAACCUGGAGCUUCUUCUCGCCUUGCUUGUUUGCAUGUCCUGGUUCUUUUACUUCACUCGCGCGAAGCCUACGCUAGGCAUGUUUGCGAGCGUUGCGAGGUCUCUCGUUGCAGACCUAAAGCUGGAUAGGCCGUCGCCUGGAGUCCAGUUGUGCCCUGGGGAUCCGCCGUUACCUUAUCUGCGGGAGGUUAGCGAGACGCGAACUGACGAAGAGCGGCGAGCUCUCGUAGCCUGCUUCGCUUUAUCCGCUAUGGUGUCCGUGGCACUCAGAUACGAACCUAUGAGGUGGUCGCCUCAAAUCGCAGAGUCAUGCCAACGGCUUUCCUUGACGCACGGCGUGCCUGGGGAUAGCAUCCUUGUCGCCAUGGCGUGCAUCUCGAAGGUUGCAGUCGAAGGGGCACGAAUAAUCCAACGGCUGCAUGAGGAUCCCGAUUACGCUGUGCAUGCAAUCCUCCAUAUUAACGCUUUGCGCACGCUAUUCGACGACGUCAAAGCCACAUUGACAGCAGAACAGCUAGAUAAUAAGACCGUUCUCGCCUAUCUUUACAGCACGGAAGCCCUCAUCCACGAACCCGCUGUAUUCCAGCCGCCUUCGCCCUCGCCCGCUCAAGGCCUGGACUUCAAGCGGAUCGAGUAUUUGACCGCCUGUCUCUACGCCACGAAGGCCACGUUGGAUAACUUCAUCUCGCUUCCCCUUGUUCACUUCACCUUGCCCAGCUCGCUCUCCUUCUCCCACAGCUCUCAAGCCCUCUACAAACUCUCCCUCCUCGACUGCCCCGGCUGGGACCGGCACCUCGUCCGCUCCACCGCAGACGUGAUCUCCUACAUCGAGCAAACCUGGCACAAAAGCGUGCAGGCCGCCGCAGAAACAGACAAAGAGUCCGGAGAAGAGAGCGUCUUCGGGAGGGAGAGCGAGCCCAUCAGAGCGACGGCGGUCGCGUGGAAGGAGGCGUUGGACCGCGCAACAGCUGCAGCGCCCCUGGCUAGAGAGUCUGCGGCGGUGGCAGGAGGAUAUGAAGGAGUGGAGGCUGCGUGGAUGGAUUUUGGCACUGAUGUGCUGUUCUCGGAUGUUUUUGGCCAGUGGAGUUGAGGCGGACGAGUGUUUAGGGGCCGGGCAGAGGGGCGCGACAUUCGUCCAUGUCGGGCGGGAUGCCGACACGACGGUAGGACCGGACCCGGGGAGUUCGGGAUAGGAAUUCGCGCCAACGCCGAUACUCCCCCUUUCCUCAGAAAAUAUCCGUGUACACUACUGGACAUCAUGGCCAAAAACGUAAGUGGGUUUCUCAAAUGCUCGUCCCGCUUUCUGAUGGUAAUACGGAUCGGGAUUCGUGACCGCGAAAUCCGUUCGCUUGUUUACUUCGCGUUGACUCUGCGACGGAUACAUCCUUCCUGCAAGGCAGCAGUGUUUGCUUUCUUGUUAUAUA